AUGAUGUCUUCAGAAUGGUCUGAAUAUACCAUUGGUGGGGUGAAGAUUAACUUUCCUUGUAAAGCUUAUCCAUCCCAGCUUGCUAUGAUGAAUUCUAUUGUCAGAGGAUUAAACAGUAAGCAGCAUUGUUUAUUGGAAAGCCCUACGGGAAGUGGGAAAAGCUUAGCCUUACUUUGUUCUGCUUUAGCAUGGCAACAGUCUCUUAGUGGAAAGCCAGUAGAUGAAAGCUUAAGUAAAAAAGCUGAAGUAUUAUUGUCAUGUAGUUGUACAUGCCAUUCAAAGAAUUUUACAAACGAUGACAUGAAUGAAGGAACUUCACGUCAUUUCAAUAGUCCAAGUACACCACCUUCUGAGAGAAAUGGAACUUCAUCUCCUUGUCAAGACUCUCCUGAAAAAACUACUCUGGCGGCGAAAUUAUCUGCCAAGAAACAGGCAUUCAUAUACAAAGAUGAAGAUGAUGAUUUUCAAGUAGAGAAGAAAAGAUUUCGAUCCUUAGAAACUACGCAGCAGAUUAGAAAACGGCAUUGUUUUGAAAAGGAAGUACAUCAUUUUGAUACAAAAGUUACUCCAGGAAAGCCUACAAAACUCAGCUCUCCAUUAAGGAAGAUAAACUCCUUUUCUCCACAAAAUCCCUCUGGUCACUGCUCUAGGUGCUGCUGUUCUACUAAACAAGGAAACAGUCAGGAUUCUUCAAAUGCCACUAAGAAGGAUCAUGGGGGGAAAUCCAAGAUACCAAAAAUAUAUUUUGGGACACGAACACACAAGCAGAUUGCUCAAAUUACUAGAGAGCUCCGGAGAACAGCGUACUCAAGAGUCCCGAUGACUAUUCUUUCCAGCAGGGAUCAUACUUGUGUCCAUCCUGAAGUAGUAGGUAACUUCAACAGAAAUGAAAAGUGCAUGGAAUUGCUGGAUGGAAAAAAUGGCAAAUCCUGCUAUUUUUAUCAUGGUGUUCAUAAAAUUAGUGAUCAACACACAUUCCAGACUCUACCAGGGAUGUAUGAGGCCUGGGACAUAGAAGAACUUGUCAGCUUGGGGAAAAAAUUAAAGGCAUGUCCAUAUUACACAGCACGAGAACUAAUACAAGAUGCUGACAUAAUAUUUUGUCCCUACAACUAUCUUCUAGAUGCACAAAUAAGGGAAAGUAUGGAUAUCAAUCUGAAAGAACAGGUUGUCAUUUUAGAUGAAGCUCAUAACAUUGAGGACUGUGCUCGGGAAUCAGCAAGUUAUAGUAUAACUGAAGUUCAGCUUCGGUUUGCUCGAGAUGAACUAGAUUGCAUGGUCAACAAUAACAUAAGAAAGAAAGACCAUGAGCCUCUACAAGCUGUGUGCUGCAGCCUCAUUAAUUGGUUAGAAGCAAACUCUGAGCAUCUUGUGGAACGGGAUUAUGAAUCAUCCUGUAAAAUAUGGAGUGGUAGUGAAAUGCUCUUGAAUUUACAUAAAAUGGGUAUCACCACUGCUACUUUUCCUAUUUUGCAGGGACAUUUUUCUGCUGUCCUUCAAAAAGAAGAAAAAAUUUUAUUGGUUCAUGGUAAAGAGAAGACAAGAGAAAUACCUGUUAUUAGUGCUUCAACUCAAAUAAUGCUCAAAGGACUUUUUAUGGUGCUUGACUAUCUUUUUAGGCAAAAUAGCAGGUUUGCAGAUGAUUAUAAAGUUGCUAUUCAACAGACUUAUUCUUGGAUAAAUCAGACUGAUAUUUCUGAUAAAAAUGGUUUCUUUGUUCCACCAAAAAAUAAGAAACGUUCACGACAGAAAACUGCAGUUCAUGUGCUAAACUUUUGGUGCUUAAAUCCAGCUGUGGCCUUUUCAGAUAUUAAUGGCAAAGUGUGGACGAUUGUUUUGACAUCUGGGACUUUAUCACCAAUGAAAUCCUUUUCAUCAGAACUGGGUGUUACAUUUACUAUUCAACUGGAAGCUAAUCAUGUCAUUAAUAACUCACAGGUUUGGGUUGGCACCAUUGGAUCAGGACCCAAGGGUCGGAAUCUCUGUGCUACCUUCCAGCACACAGAAACAUUUGAAUUCCAAGAUGAAGUGGGAGCACUUUUGUUAUCUGUAUGCCAGAUUGUUGGCCAAGGAAUUUUGUGUUUCUUGCCAUCUUACAAGUUAUUAGAAAAGUUAAAAGAACGUUGGCUCUCUACUGGUUUAUGGCAUAAUCUGGAGUUGGUGAAGACCGUCAUUGUAGAACCACAGGGAGGAGAAAAAACUGAUUUUGAUGAAUUACUACAGGUGUACUAUGAUGCGAUCAAGUGCAAAGGAGAAAAAGAUGGAGCCCUCCUGGUAGCAGUUUGUCGUGGUAAAGUGAGUGAGGGUCUGGAUUUCUCAGAUGACAAUGCCCGUGCUGUUAUAACAAUAGGAAUUCCUUUUCCAAAUGUGAAAGAUCUUCAGGUUGAACUAAAGCGCCAAUAUAAUGACCAGCAUUCAAAAUUGAGAGGUCUUUUACCUGGUCGUCAAUGGUAUGAAAUUCAAGCAUACAGGGCCUUAAAUCAGGCCCUAGGUAGAUGUAUUCGACACAAAAAUGAUUGGGGAGCUCUUAUUUUAGUGGAUGACCGCUUCAGGAGUAACCCAAAUCGAUACAUAUCUGGACUUUCUAAAUGGGUACGGCAGCAGGUUCAGCACCAUUCAACCUUUGAAAGUGCCCUGGAUUCUUUGGCUGAAUUUUCCAAAAAGCACCGAAAGUUCAUUGAUGUAUCCAAAGAGGACAGAAAGUCUCCACAGGACAGGCAGUGUACACAUGAAGUGGCUUGUUUGAAGGACAAUACCUCACCUUACUUUUUAGAAGCAGCAAAUCCUCUAUUACCAGAAAAUCCUAGGGAAGAUGUUCCAGGAGUAUUGGAAGAGUCUGGCCAGGCAAUGGAAGCAGAAAACAUUGGGAUUUCCAGAUCCGCAAGCCCAACCUUCAACAAACAAGCAAAUAGAGUUAGCUGGUCUAGUUCUAAUUCUCUGGGGCAGUGUUUUUCUGGUAAAAUUCUGACUACAGCAUCUAAGUUUAGGUCAUCAGAGGACUGUGCCUCUAGUUCUUCCACUUUCAAAACAGAAAAGGAUUGUGAAACUGUUUUGCCACUCACUGAUAAAUUUGAAUCUUCAUCUCUAAAAGUAAACACAUCAUUUGAACCAUGCUCUCAAUCAGAAACUAUUAUUCCAUCAAUAAAGACUGAGGCUGCUCUUCUUAAAAAAGAUCAUUCUGAACAGCUACUCUGCUCUAAAGAAGCCCUGGAUCCAGACAUUGAAUUAUCUCUAGUGAGUGAAGAAGAUAAACUUUCUGCUUCAAAUAGAGAUUUUGAAGCAGAAGCAGAAGAUGAAUCUAUCUAUUUUACCCCUGAACUUUAUGAUCCUGUAGAUACAAAUAAAGAAAAAAAUGAACUAGUUGAAACUGAUAGAGACAAUAGAUUGACCAAUGAUUCAAAUUGUAUUUUAGCUGAAGAUCUUUUUGAAACUAGGACUACAAAAGAAGUAGAUUCAGUCAGGAAAAUGAAAGUUGAGGAUUGCUCAGACACAAAGUUAAAUAGACUUACGCAUAUUGAAGAAAGUAAAGAUGAUAUCGAUAAUAAUAUAAAAACUCAUAUAAAUGAAUUAGAACUGGAGAAAACUCAUGAAAUGGAUAUAAAAGACUUUAAACAGUCUCCUCCCAAAAAUAAAGGUGUGUUCCCUGGUGUUAGAUAA